CGGCCGGCGAGCUGUCACUGCAUUCUAGAUAGAUAAGUGGACAGCUAAAGCUAAACCUUGGUUCGCUAAAGAUAAGAAAGUAGCAACAAUGGCGUCCGGUCUGCGAGUUGCCCUGUGUGUAGCACUGUCUGCGGCCCUGGUAAGGUUGGCAUGCAGUAAUGCUGUGCAUUCCGGUGCAGCUUGGCAGGGGUUUCGGGAAGUGUGGACAGCCCGUGUGCUGCAGCCAGUCAUUAGCGUGCUCAUGUUCGCCUUUAUUGUCCAGAGCAUCGACAAGCUGCUGCUGAUAACGGGGUACUUUUACAUCAGUUGGAAGCAGCCAACUAAGGAGGGGGACUCAGGCUCCCUAGCAGUCGGAGAUUGUGGGGGCAAUGAAGAGAAGCCUGCAUUCGAGCCGGUUGUGCUGGUGCAGAUCCCGAUGCGCAAUGAAAGGGAGUGUUACAAGCGGGGUAUCAUGGCGGCAUGCCGGCUGGAUUGGCCUCAGGAUAAACUGGUGGUACAGGUUUUGGAUGAUUCCGACGACCCAGACAUGCAGCAGCUUGUCCGUGACGAGGUCGAUGCUUGGCGCGCGGUGGGGGCUCCCAUCAGAUAUACGCACCGCACGGCGCGGACGGGGUUCAAAGCUGGUGCCCUGGCGCACGGAAUGCAGGACCCUGCGAUCCAGCACUGCGAGUACGUUGCCAUCUUUGACGCCGAUUUCGUGCCGGCCAAGGAUUUCCUCCGGAGGACGGUGCCAAAGUUUGAGGGGCAGCCAAAGCUGGCCCUUGUGCAGGCCCGGUGGGCGUUUGCCAAUGCGCAGCAGAACUUGCUGACGCGAUUCCAGGUCAUCAGCAUGUCGUACCACUUCGAAGUGGAGCAACAGGUGCAGAACCACUUCAACGCGUUCUUUGGCUUCAACGGGACGGCGGGCGUGUGGCGAGUUCAGGCGCUGCGAGAAGCAGGGGGGUGGCUCGCGAGAACGACCACUGAGGAUAUGGAUCUAGCGGUGCGUGCCCACAUGAAAGGCUGGAAUUUCACGUACCUGAAUGACGUCACGGUGCCCUCGGAGCUGCCCUGCACGUACAAGGCCUACUGCAAGCAGCAGCAAAGGUGGCACGCAGGCCCCGCGCGCCUGUUCAUGCUGACGUGGCACCGCUCGCUGACGUGUCCCACGCUGAGCGCGUACCAGAAGUUCAACCUGCUGGUCUGCUUCUUCUGGUUCCGCCGCUUCGUGCUUCCGGUCACCGGAUUCCUGCUCUACUGCAUCAUAAUGCCGCUCGCCGUGUUACUGCCCGAGGCAUCGCUGCCGCUCUGGUUCCUUGCUUAUAUGCAGACACAGGCGAUCCUGCACUGGCUGCCGCACCGCGGGAGCUGGUGCCUCUUGUUCCCCUACUACGCCUUCGAGAACGUCAUGUACCGUGUCAAAGCGCAGGCCAUUUUCAGCGGCCUCUUCAACCUACGCAGCGCCCACGUGUGGGUCGUCACUGCCAAGACUGGAAUCGACGCCAAGACCGAAAACAUCCAAUCGGGGGGGUCAAAAUGCGUGGGAAAAGAGGGGGGGGUGGCCAACGACGCGGAGCCGGUGAGCCCCGUUUCGGAGGGCUCGUCGGAUGACGCGUUCGUGGCGCACGCUAGCAUGGAUCCGCUCAUAGCGUAUGAUCUGCCAGAACUAAGGGUGGGGCUAAAAGUGAGGACGGCGCACGGGCGCGGUGAGGAGACGAGCGGCCAUUGCACGGGGCUCGACUCCUCCGCAAAACGACGGGACUUCGGCCACGUGUCAAGCCCGAUGAAGCGGGGCUUGUGGAGCCCGUCUGCCGGGCGGAGACUCUCUUUGCUGACGCCGACGGAAGAGAGGGCGGAGAGGGACCCGUCGCUGCUGACGUCAUUCGAGGCCGGGGCCGCGUGGCGCCUGGAGCGGACGCUGUAUAGGCUGCCGUCGCUGCGGGAGGUGUGGGAGAAGGUGACGUGGGCCAACGUCAGGGGAUUCAUGGCAGUGCGAACGUUACACGUGCCAGAACUAGGAUGGGCCGCGUUUGUGUUUGGCGCCAUGACGUAUGGUAUAAGCGCCGGACGGUAUGGGCUCUCCGUCUACUUGGGCAUGCAAGGCUUGGGAUACCUGAUCGCGGGGCUUGACUUGAUGGGCUACUAAGGUAUUCCGUGUGACGACAAGUUUGGUGUUCGUGCGCGCGCUAGCGAGAGGCUGCCACGCGCUCGCAAGGGCUGUACUUAUUGGUGUGACCGCCUCUUACAGCUGGUCAAUCGUGAGGUGGAAAAGAAAGGAUAGAAUGCAGUCACCUCGUGCUACCGUGGAUUGAGCGUGCAUCAAAUGUACAAUCAGUGUCGCUUCUGUCGGACAUGAAUAAGCAAGAAAGCAGUUAGAACGUGCUCCUGCUUCCUUUGAGAGUCGGUACGUGUUAGUCAUUGCAGAAUACAACCCUGGCAGUUCUCACAUAGAAUCUCGGGAGCCAUUUGGCUGGUCAGGAUUGAAAAGUUCACCGCACCACAUUGCUCGUGGUCGUGUCCGUAUAGUCCUAGAAAUCAAGCUGGCCAAGUGGUCAACGGAUGUAGCAUAUAGCGACCAGCGGAGUGCAAACUCUUAGACAUGCGCGCAAGUAGCGCAUGCUGCAACGAAAAGAGGGUUGGUGCUCAGCCCAUAAGAUUUAUAAUGGAUAAAAGUUCCCAGACAAUCGAUCUCGAUCAUCGGAUAACUAAGGUUAGCCAGGUCUGAGCGCGUG